AUGUAUUUAACUGCCAAAUCAAAAGAUAAUUUUUAUCCAUAAAGCUCUGAAGAAUAACGUGAGCUGAACCAAUAAUUAAGAUAUGCAAGUGAGGAUAAUCAAAUGUUGAAAGCAAAAAUACGAAGCUUAGAAUAAGAUAUUGAAGUAAUCAAGGAAAAUGAGAUUAAGAAUAUUAAACAUUAUGAGAAAAGAGAAGAUGAUUUUAUGAAAUUAAUAAAAUAAGAAUAGGAAAGAAACAAAAAAUUAUAUGAGGAAUUAGAAUAUCUUACAAGGGAAUUAAGAAAUAGGGAUGAUCAAGUGAAUUAAUUGGAAGAAAACAUUAGAACAUUAAAUACAGUGGUUGAAGAUCAACAAAACAGAAUUGAAGAGGAGAAGAAUAGAAAUAAAGAGAUUUAGGAUUAAGUGUAAGUGAAGGUUAAGAAAAAUGAUGAUAUUCUCAAAGAUUUAGCAUAAUUAGAAAAUAAAUAUUCAAAAUUUAGAACUAAAUUAGAAACCGAAAAUGCUCAUCUCAAAUAAGAAUUAGAGAAAUUGCAAAAUAAGUACAAGAAUAAAUUGCAACAAUAUAAGAAAGAUAUAAAAUAACAAUAGCAAGACAAUAAUUAAUUGAAAUUGGAUAAAUUGAAAUUAGAAGCUGACAAUGAUCAAUUAUAUAAUUUAUCAAAGUAAUUUGAGAGUCAAUUGGGAAAGAUAUUACCUGAGAUGCCAGCGAUGGAGAAAUAAAAUUCAAAUGUUUCUAAUGAAUUAGAAAGAAUGAAGAUGAAUAAUAUUUAAUUGAAUGAAUAAUUGCAAUAAGCAGACUUUGAAAUAUCUUAAUUGCAAUAACAACUCUAGGCUGCUAUUCAACAUUUAGAUAGAACAAAUUAAGAUCUCCAAUAUUUUUAGUAAGAAAAUCAAAGAUUAAAAUAACUGAUAGAUGACAGCAAGGUUGAGUAAAAGUAAAAUGAGUAUAUGAUUGAGAAAAUGGUUGAAUUAUCAGAGAAGUAGAUGGAUGAUCUUGAAUAAAAAUUCAACAAAGUUUAGGCUCAAGUUAAUUCUUUACAACAUGAAAAGAGAUCGUUAUUGACUGAAUGCAAUAAUCUCAAAAUGACUGUAGAUUAAUUAGAGAAUAAUGAGGUAGAUUGGUAGAAGAAGGUGAAUAGAUUAAAGAAGGAAAAUAAGGAAUUAACUAGAUAAUUAUCUUAAUUAGAUUAAAAUAUGAGGGAAAUGAUUGUGGAAAAGCAUUCUGAAUUAAAGAAAUAAAAUAAUAAUAUCUCCUUAAGACAAAGUAGAUUUAGUUAAAAGCUUAAUAGUUAAAAUCAAUCGUAUCGAUCUAUAAGAACUAACAACAUCUUAAUGAGUGGAACGAAAGACUUAGAAGAUGAUGAUGAUGAUGAUGACGAUUUAGAAGAAAUGUGA